CCAACUGGCGCUAACUUCAGGUUUUAUCGCGCCACGUUGCGCGAAGAGAUACCCUUUUAUUCGGCGCGAUUGUGGUGAGCGUGCAGGCGCGGGUUCGGUAUUCACUGGUUAAUUGACGUUAAACCGAAGACGCCGCGAUGGCGAAAUUCGACUUAACGUCUCGCAUAGGUCAAUACCUGGACCGCCACUUGGUGUUUCCUCUGCUGGAGUUUCUGUCGGCGAAACAGAUUUAUGACGAGGACGAGCUGCUACACGCGAAACUCGACAUCCUCAGCAAGACGAACAUGAUCGACUACACCAUCGACAUUAGGAAGCAGCUUUAUCCUAACGUGGAAGUGCCGGAGGAAAUCAAAUCCAGACGCGCUGAUGUGUUACAAGAGCUUAGCGUACUCCAGAAUAAUGUCUCUGUAGUCUUGGCUCUUAUGAAUAAUGAGGAAGUUAUGAAGAAGAUGGAAAACAUGCGCGAUUCCAAAGCACUUAAUAAUUACCUCACUCAAGAAUCAGAUUUUAGGGUAGAGAUGAUGGACAGCUUUGUGAAACUGGCUAAGUACCGCUACGAGUGUGGCAAUUAUUCUGUUUCUACGUCAUAUUUAUACUUCUAUAUGCUGAUCAUGUCCCCUACAGAUAAGAAUUAUUUAAAUGUUUUAUGGGGAAAAUUGGCAUCGGAAAUUCUUGUACAAAAUUGGGAAACAGCAUUAGAGGACGUAAAUAAGUUGCGAGAAUAUAUCGACAGUAAUGUUAUCGGCAAUUCGCUGCAGGUAUUACAACAACGUACAUGGCUUAUUCACUGGAGUCUAUUUGUGUUCUUUAAUCAUGUAAAAGGAAGAGAUCUCAUUAUCGAGAUGUUCCUUUAUCGACCGCAUUAUUUAAAUGCUAUUCAAACCAUGUGUCCGCAUAUACUUCGUUAUCUGGCUGCAGCAGUUAUCGUUAAUCGUUCCAGGCGGUCUAUUCUGAAGGAUCUUGUAAAAGUGAUACAGCAGGAAUCUUACACUUAUCGAGAUCCCAUUACGGAGUUUCUGGAACAUUUGUACGUUAAUUUUGACUUUGAUGGGGCUCGGCAGAAGUUGCAAGAAUGCCAGACUGUCGUCUUCAACGACUUCUUCCUAAUCGCUUUACUGAAUGAAUUUGUAGAGAAUGCAAGAUUGAUGAUUUUCGAAACAUUCUGCAGAAUUCAUCAAUGCAUCAGUAUCCAAAUGCUUGCGGAGAAACUGAAUAUGAAGGCGGAUGUUGCGGAGUGCUGGAUUGUGAACUUGAUCCGUAAUGCACGUUUGGACGCUAAAAUCGACAGCAAGUUGGGACACGUAGUAAUGGGAGGACAGCCGGCGUCCCCGUAUCAACAACUGGUUGAGAAGAUUGAAACUUUGAGUGUACGAAGCGAGGCAUUAGAGAACCUUAUUGAGAGAAAACUAAAGGCGAAGAAUCAAGACCCAGUAAGUAUAGUGUGGAACUAACAGAGUAUCAACACUCGUGGAAUUUGGAUUUCUGACAACUCGAUGCAACCUGGAGAAGUAAUGCCCAAAAGAGAUAUUCCACCUCCGAUUAUUAACAGUAAUCAGACAGAUGCAAUGUGUACCUUUUAAAUGUAAAGAAAUAAUAGAAAUUGCAUCGUGUGACAUCAUGAACACCCUAGAUGUAUUUUUCGCUGAAUAUCAGUAUCUUGAAAUUGUCAAACAAUAUUAUUAUAACAAAUAAUAUGCGAUCAAUAACAUUUUAUAUAAUAGAAAA